AUGUCGAGGUCUAGGCAUGCGAGACAAAUGGAUAAAAACACGAGAUAUUUCCAUAACUUAGCUUCAGCAAGAAGGAGGAAUAAUAGAAUUGAUGCUCUGGUCAUUAAUGGGAGGUUGAUAAGGAAUCAAGCUAGGAUUAAGAUUGCCAUAAGGGAGUUCUACAAGGAGUUAUAUCGUCAAGAGGAGUCUCCGAUGGUGGGGUUCAGAGACGGACUAGUGGAAAGAAUCAACGAUGAGGAUGCUAUGGCUCUAGAGAUGUUACCAACACCUGAGGAGGUUAGAGAGGCAGUGUGGGAUUGUGAAUCGUCCAAAGCUCCAGGAAGUGACGGAUACAACAUGAACUUUAUAAAGAAGUGUUGGGGCGACAUUGGCUCUGAAUUCACGACAGCUAUACUAGAUUUCUUCCAAUCAUCAAGGCUGCCGACAGAUGCUAACGUAACUUGGGUGGCACUGGCCCCGAAGUUUACUGGUGCUAAGAAAAUCAAAGAUUUGCGGCCGAUCAGCAUGGUGGGUGUGUAUAUAAGGUUAUCUCGAAGAUGCUAG